GUGCAAUUCUCACUGACUCCCCCCAUGCAGGCCUAUCUUCAGUACCGUCGCAUCGGCCACGUCGUGCGCAGACAGCUCGAGGAUUACCCGGAGUUUGCCCGGCCAGAAAUCACCAAGGAUGACCUGCCGGGGGGGAACUCGGACUCGCAUCGCCGUCCCAGCCCGCUGCUGCCGGGCGUGCAGCUGAAAGACGUCGUCGAGAACGAUGGCUCAUCGUCGUCUGUUCUCCUGGUCGACUGGGAGAGCCAUCACGACCCCAUCAACCCGCGCAAUUACAGCCGCGCCACGCGCUUCGGCGCAACCCUCAUGGUGUCUGCCCUGGGUUUCGCCGUCGGUGCAGCCUCCUCCAUUGAAUCCGGCGUGCUUCCGCAGAACGCAGCGGCCUUUCACGUCAGCGACGUUGUCGCCUCUCUCGCAACGGGCAUGUACCUACUUGGUUUCGCAGCCGGCUCGCUCGUCUCAGGACCCCUGUCUGAAAUUGUGGGCCGCAAUGUCGUCUACACCGGCUCUCUCACCUUCUUUAUGAUCUUCGUCAUGGCCUCGGGUCUAGCCCCCAAUAUCGGCGCGCAGCUCGCCUUUCGCUUCCUGGCCGGCAUCUUCGGCUGUCCACCGCUGACCUGCGCCGGCGGCACCAUUGCAGAUCUCUGGGACCCGCUGGAGAAAACCCUCUUCUUCCCUCUCUAUGCCAUUCUCUCCUUUGGUGGCCCCGUCCUCGGUCCGGUCAUCGCCUCCUAUAUGGGCGAGGGCACCCUCUCCUGGCGCUGGACCAACUGGAUCAUCCUCAUCCUGUCGGGCUUCAUUCUUGCCCUGAUUCUUCUGCUGCAGCCAGAGACCUACGGCCCGCUUCUCCUGAAAUGGAAGGCGCAGCAUCUCCGACACCUGACAGGCGACAAUCGAUACCGCUCGCCCAUGGACCUGCAGAAGACGGAUCUGUUCUCCCGCAUCGGUAAUGCCUGCAUGCGACAAUUCGCCCUGACGAUUCACGAACCCAUCAUCCUGCUGAUCGCCCUCUACAUGACCGUCAUCUACAUCGUCCUAUUCACCUUCUUCGACGGCUACACGUACAUCUUCACUGAUGUGCACGGCCUAUCCCAAGGCCUGACCAACAUCGUCUGGGUGGCAAUGUACGUCGGCAUCUCUCUAGCCAGCCUCUUCGUCCCAAUCGUAUACAUCUGGACGAAGCGCGAAUUCACCGACGCCGCUGCCUCCGCCGCCGCCUCAGCAGCAGCCUCCCGAUCCGCCAGUUCGGAAAUGGUGGCCGCUGAUCCCAACCCCAACGGCCUUGAGGAAAAACCCAACGAUGACGAAAAACCCACCCACAAGCACGUCGCACGUCCCGAAAAUCGUCUCUGGUUCGCCAUGCUUGGCGCCCCAGGUAUCCCAAUCGGAUUAUUCUGGAUGGGAUGGACGGAUUAUAGCUCCAUCUCAAUCUGGUCCCCUAUUAUAGCCUCCACCGUCUUCGGCUUCGGAACCAUCUGCGUCUUCAUCUCCUCAUACAUGUACGUUAUCGACGCCUACGACAUCUACGCCGCCUCCGCACUAGGGUUCAUGACCGUGUCCCGCUACUGCGCGGCCGGCGGGAUGACCGUCGUGGGGAUUCCAUUCUACAGUAAUAUGGGGGUGCAUUGGACCUUGACGAUCCUGGGGGCUAUUAGUGCUCUGAUGACACCCGUGCCGUAUGUGUUUUAUCGCUAUGGACGGGUGAUUCGGGGGUGGAGUAAGUAUGCGGUUUAAAAUUGUGGAUCCAAUGGGACGAAUGGGUAGGUUGGGGUGGUUAAUGUGGAGUUAUGGUGGGUAAAGAAUUUAAGUGGAGUUGGUUGGGGUGGAAUUGGGGGGGAUAUUAUGGGGGAAGAAAAGGGUUGUUUUCUAUCGGCCGGGAUCCACUCACCACUCACCCACCACUUACUUAUUACAUACAUAUUCUAUCAUGGGAUGGAUAGAUUGUUAGAUACUACACUAGAAUUUAGAUAGCUAGAUAGCUAGACAGAAUGCGGGUAAUGAUAAUGUUUGAUUCAUGGGC